UUUAAGGCCCCACUUGGGGGCCGUUAAAAGCAUCGUCACUUCAAUUGGGUCAGCAAGAUCUGUCCACUUUUUGAGCUCUUUCACAAACUAGCCGUUGCUCUCUCUAAUGGCAGCUUCAGUAGAUACUCAAUCACCGGCCCACCUCAACAAGGUGUCUUCAGGCGUCAUGGGCACUUCUACUCUGUACAGCCCAUCUUCAGAUAAGCGUUUUUGGAGCAAUUUGCGUACCCAGGUCGUUUCGAUUCUCGAGGAUCGAAGCAGAAAGCUGUCGAAUGGAGAAAAUUUUGUCGAAGGAGUGAACAUAGGAGAUUCAGAUAAAGAGAAGCGCUUAAAGGAAGAUUCACAGCUACUGCUAAGAGGCUUUAACUCUGUUGCUCACACUUUGUCUCAGCUUUCAAACAAUAUUGACGAUGCCCUUCAGGGUGCUAGAGAUCUGGCCAAGCCUCCUACAAUGACCGAGAUAUUCCAAACCAAACUUAAGGAAGCAGAGUGUGAGGAAAAGGAAUCAAAAGAGCAACAAACUGAAGAAGAGACCAACAAGGGAGUGAAGAGGAAGUUUGAUCCCAAUGAAAGUUCGGAUGAUGCCCAGAAGGAAAAAGAGCCGAGCCCAAAAGAUAAAAAGAUGAAGAAAGCUAAAAAUCUUGCAAUUUCCAUGGCUAAUAAAGCAGCUUCACUUGCAAGAGAACUGGAAUCGAUACAAUCAGAUUUAUGCUCUAUGCAAGAGAGAUGCACAUCGCUCGAGGAAGAGAACAGGAGGCUCCGAGAUGGAUUCGAUGAAGGAAUUAGACCAGAGGAAGAUGAUCUGGUGAGGCUUCAAAUGGAGGCUCUGCUUGCAGAGAAAUCCCGAUUAGCAAAUGAAAAUGCAAAUCUAGUUAGAGAAAAUCAGUGCCUUCAUCAGCUAGUAGAGUAUCACCAAAUAGCCUCCCAAGACCUCUCCGAAUCACAUGAGCAAGUUCUACAGGGAAUGUGCUUAGACUUUUCAUCUCCAUCAUCGGCCAUAGCAGAAGAUGAUGGUGAUUAUGAAGCUGCACAAACUCCUGUCACAAAUUUGCUUCGUUUAUCCACUAGCCUUGAAGAGAGCUUCCCUGAAGAAAAGCAGUAAGUAGUCAUGAAAUGCAGCAAUGCUGUAAUGUUUUGUUCAGAUUUUAAGUUGCUUUUCACUUGAAAUGUAAAUUUUUAGGCUUUCCUUUGUCAAAAUAAACUAUGAAAAUUUAAUUUUA